AUGCUCUACGACUACAGCACCGUGCUCGCCUGUGCUCCCAUAGUCACUCCCGGCGCUGCCUCGCCCUCGCGCCGCCUCGACCCCGCCGAGGACGAGCACUCGCUGCACAUGCUCUACGACUACAGCACCGUGCUCGCCUGUGCUCCCAUAGUCACUCCCGGCGCUGCCUCGCCCUCGCGCCGCCUCGACCCCGCCGAGGACGAGCACUCGCUGCACAUGCUCUACGACUACAGCACCGUGCUCGCCUGUGCUCCCAUAGUCACUCCCGGCGCUGCCUCGCCCUCGCGCCGCCUCGACCCCGCCGAGGACGAGCACUCGCUGCACAUGCUCUACGACUACAGCACCGUGCUCGCCUGUGCUCCCAUAGUCACUCCCGGCGCUGCCUCGCCCUCGCGCCGCCUCGACCCCGCCGAGGACGAGCACUCGCUGCACAUGCUCUACGACUACAGCACCGUGCUCGCCUGUGCUCCCAUAGUCACUCCCGGCGCUGCCUCGCCCUCGCGCCGCCUCGACCCCGCCGAGGACGAGCACUCGCUGCACAUGCUCUACGACUACAGCACCGUGCUCGCCUGUGCUCCCAUAGUCACUCCCGGCGCUGCCUCGCCCUCGCGCCGCCUCGACCCCGCCGAGGACGAGCACUCGCUGCACAUGCUCUACGACUACAGCACCGUGCUCGCCUGGCUGGACCACCCAGUGAAGCGGUUCAAGACGGAGACACCGCUAUUCCGCGAAGAGCUGGCGCUGGGCGCAGCCCUGGGAGCUGACCUGUACGCCGGGCACGACCACACCAGCAUGGCCGCCAUGCCCGCGCCGAUUGACGUCAAGCAGGAGAAGGUGGACCACGAGGACGUAAAAGAGUACAAGAACCUUUUCACGUCGGACGGACUGUGUCCCACGCUCAAGGACCUGGAGCAAAUCUUCGACAACUCCGACGACGCCAACAGCGGCGAUGAGACGCUGCAAGUACAAACGCCGCCGGACUCCAACAAGUCGGCGGAGGAGUCGCGCUGCGCCGGCGGGCGCUGCGUGCGCGCCGAGGAGCUCAGCAAGAUGUUCCCCACGCCGCCCAGCAUGGAGGCGCACGCGCAGCCCUCGCCCGGCUUCACGCUGCCCGACGACGCGCCCGCGCCGCACCAGCCCGGCGGCAGCCCGCCGCCCGACCCCAUCGAGGACUGGUCGUACGUGUUCAAGCCGCCGACGCUGUACAAGUACGUGGGCUCGUCGAAGUACGCGCCGCUCACACAGCUGCCCAGCCAGCUGCUGCCGCCGCUCACGCUGCCGCCCAAUGCUGUGUACCGCCCGCGCGCCGAGCGCCGCGCCGACGCCGAGCGGGCGGGCGUAAAACGCAGCGCAUCACCAUCAAGCGAGUCGCGGGAAUCGAACCGAGGGCGUCGCGGCUCGGGCAGCGCGACGCCCGCGGCGGCGGGCGCGGCCGGCCCGGGCGUGGCGGCGUCGCCCGCGCCCGCGCCCGUGCCCGCGCCCGCGCCUGAACCCGCGCCCGCGCCCGCUCACGCCGCCUGCCCGCUGCUGGUCAACGUGCUGUUGGCUGAUACAGUGCUCAACGUGUUCCGAGAUCAUAACUUCGAUAGCUGCACGCUGUGCGUCUGCAACGCGGGGCCCAAGGUGGUGGGCAACAUCCGCGGCGCGGACGCGGCCACGUACCUGGCGGGCUGCUCGGGCGUGCCGCGCUGGGACGCGGGCGCGUCGCCCGGCGCCGCCGACGACGAGCCGGCGCGCUGCACGUGCGGCUUCAGCGCCGUCGUCAACCGCCGCCGCGCGCACACCGCCGGCCUCUUCUACGAGGAUGAAAUGGAGAUCACGGGUCUAGCGCCAGAACCGGGAGGGGCGCUCGGGGCGGGCGGCGCGCGCGGGGGCGGGCGGCUGGCGGACGUGGCGGGCGUGGUGGCCAUGCAGUGCGCCGCGCCCGCCGGCGGCGCCGCCUCCGCCCUCGCGCGCGCCGCCCAGCGCGCCGCGCAGCCGCCGCCGCCCGACGAGCUGCGCCUCAACCUGCUCGAGUGA